GAUGCCGUAUGUGCACGUGUCAAUGCGCUUUAAGCUAUCGAAAAAAAUCAUCUCCAAGAGAGGAUUCAGUAACUCCUCUGGUGUGAAUUGUGAGGUUGUGCGGAGAAGAGCGCUACAGGAUCUUUCAGUGUAAUAUCCAGGAUUUGGGUUCAUUUCGGAUUUUCAGACCGCCGUUCUACAUUGACAGAGAGUGCUGUGGUUCCUACGGGCAUUGUUGGGAGUGAGGGAAGCGCCCGUGGCGGUGACGUCCGCAGUGAAAUCUAGUGGCCAGUGUUGUGCACAGUGUUACUUGUGUCAUUGCAGUGUUUCUCAUACAAAAAUGUGGGUGGUGUAAACCGAGCCGCGGCGCGGGUGUGUCGCGGGAGUGGGUGGGCGUAAUGGCCCCCGCCCUUACUCAAGCGUCGGACCCGCAGACGUUUCACGUGACUGCCCACCACCACUCUCCUGCUCGCCCUGGCGAGGCUCCGUCGAGCCGCAGUAGCCCCCCGCCCACCGCCCACCUUGCGCUGCAGUAUGGUGGGCUGAAGGAGCCUCACGACUGCACGGACGCCCACCUCGCCGCGGCCCUUACGAACGGCACGCGUCGCGCCCGCCUUCUGCCGCCCUCGCCUGUAGGCUGUGACCCUCCGCCACGCCCCCACGCCGCCCACACUACCAUGGACCCACCAUCGGGCGCAACGGCCCCCACUGAAGAUACGAGUCAACCCCCCAACUGCUGCGAGAGCAACGCCAUGGGUCAGGACACGGGGCAGCAGGGCACCCCAGGCCAGCAGGCGCCCCACGCCGCCGACCACAAGGCCCCGCGCCCUCCGCCCCAGGACGGCGACCUCCUGGCGCUCAUCGGGCGGGACUUCGCUAAUAUGAACGAGAUCAUUGAUACGCUGACGCGGCUGGCGGACAACCCCGAGGUGCUGGCGGCGGUGGACACGGCCGCCCUCGACCUGCACGGCCAGUGCGAGGGCGUGCCGCACCAGGCGCUCGACCCCCAGACGCAGGUGCGCCAGUUCACCAAGGAGGAGCGAGCGCACCUCCUCGUGGACGAACUGGACCGCCGCCACCUGCAGAUAGAACGGCGUCAGAUUCGCCUCCUUCGCCGCCUGCGACGCGUCACGGCCCGUGGCCUGGGUGCCUCCGUGUCUGGCCAACUCCGCGAGUUGCUGGACCACGCCCAUGGCGCUCUGGCCAAGCAGCGAGAACACACGAGCGCCUCCGACGAUGGACCCGCUCCGACCAGCGCCCCGGAGGUCGGGGUGGAGGCGCUCCGAGCCGACGCCAUGCGCACUAUGUCUACCUCAGCCUUGGUCAACCUGGUGAGACGCGUUGAAGCUUCCCAAGGGCUGGCCAGGCUUGAACGCACGCGCGCUGAAGUUGCGGCGGUCAGCGCGGAAGUGGAGGCCGCUGCCCAUGCCCAUAGCCACCACGACUCUGACGCUACGGAGUCGUCCUCUGGAGGAGAGUCGUGCGAUGAAGGAGACGGAUACAACGACACAAAUACCCAUCACGUCCCUGUGUGAGUAGACCCUCUUGCUCAGUAACGUAUGAAACAGACACAAAUUCACCUCCUGAUUUGAAUGCUUCUUUUUAUCAGACUUUUUAUUGUCAACUGAAGUCGGGGAUUUAAAAUGAGCAACGACAGAGGAAAGUGACAUCUGUCAAGAACCAAUUACAGGAUCACUUACUCUAACGAGGCCAUUGUUUGACACGUGAUUCCAAGCUUUUCCGUCUUUUAACUUUGCAAAUGAAGGGAAUUCAAAUUUAUUUCGUAAUCUUUCAAAAAAGAAAAAAAAA